UAGCGCUUUAAAAUUACAAAAUUUUUUAACAUUUUCUUAGAUUUUUUUUCGUAAGAAAGCAAUUUGAUUUGUAUUGAACUAAUUUUGUUUGGAAAUCAAUGAAUUUCUAUUAAAGUUUGAAAAUCUAGAGGAAUAGAAAAGACUUCAUAAAAGAUAUUUAAAGACAAAAAUCUAACAAUUUUUCGCUACUUUUUAAAUAACCAAUAAAGUGUUUAAAUCAAUUAAUUGUAAAACUAUUGAUCUCGAUUUUCUAACAUAAAAAAUGUGGAGAAUUUUAUUGGCGGUUUUUAUUAGUUUGCUGCUGUGUUUGCAAGUGUCUCAAGGAUUGUUUAUAAAUCCAGGUUAUGAACCUUUUACUAGACAAAAACGUACUACCGUGUGUGUGGAAAUAAAACCAAAUAUAGCGGGUAGUCAUGAGCCUUAUUAUAUGUGUAAAGGUCCUGAGUUUCCCUACAGACCACCGAAUCAAACACCGUCUCAUUUUGUUAAAAUCGAUGGUGGUAAUUAUGCUGCAACAAAUGUGCCACAUGAAAACAAUUAUCAACAUGCAACACCGGCACAAAAUCAACAUUUUGGUUAUGGUUAUCAACAACCUCAGCAAUCAUUACCACAAUCUCAAGUUGUUCCUGCAUUAAAUCCUCCUCAUUAUGCUCCUCCACCUAGUUAUACCCCUCAGCAACGGCCACCUCAAAUGCCGUUUUAUAAUCCAUCAUAUGUGAGCCCCCAAACAAAUCAUCAACCAACUGCUCAAACAACUGCUGCUGAUUAUCCUACACUUCCCAACAAUCCUACAAAACCUACAACUUUCAUCCAACAAAACAACUAUGAAGCUUUACCACAAACUGCUCCAGAAACUUCUAGAACUCCAGCCUUAAAAGAAAGAACUUUAGAAAGUUCAGUAAACGGUGUUCAGGAAAACAAACCAUCUAAAGAUUUACCCACUCUAGCUUUAAAAGAAGCUGUUGAUCAUAAAAUAAAUUCUGAACAAUUCCACAACUUAAUAGAGGAAGAAGUAUUGGGUAUGCCCAACUUAGGGUUUUCUCAUGAUGAAAUGUUGCCUUUUCAAAGUUUUUACGCUGAUGACAAAAUGCGUUUAGCUGGCGAAAACUCCCACAUACCUCCAGAGUACUUAGAAGAUCCUAUUCUAAGAACUUUUUAUAAUAUAGAUGAUAGUCCUGACAAACAUCAUGACGAGCAACAGCAGCAGCAUUAUAACCCUUCCUCAGCCCAGUUAAAUCAAGCAAACAACGAUGAAUGUUUUGAUUCUUAUGCUCAAGUGAAAAUGCCCGGUUAUAUGCCUUCAGCAGAGCCUACAGCUCAUAUGGAUUUAUUUAAAACACCCUAUACAGAUCCUAAUAGCUGCUGUGGUUGUCCUUAUAGUUUUCAUCCCAUAUUUAUAGCCAUACCCUGGUUUGGUCCAGCUUAUAAUGAACUAUUCGCACACAUGCAUCCUAUAGCUCCUGUUUCUUUACCCAGUUUUGAAAGCUAUACUUUACCACCUUCCACACAACAUCAAUCUCGUGUUAAUGAAGAAUCCUCUCCAUCCACAGAGGACUUAGAUAUAAACAAUAAAAAAUCCUCUAUCACAACAGAAACUAAAUCCACCACCACUCCCACACCCAUAAAAACAACAAAAACAUCUGAAUCCUCUGAAGAAGAUCUCUUUGUGGAGGAUACUACUGCUAAAAAUGGUAAAACAACUAAAUCAAAUGAUGACAAUAACUCUCAAGAAGAUGAUGCUGAUGAGGCAGAAGAAGUUGCAACAGAAACAAAACCCACUAGCACCUCUACUGUUAGGCCCACUUUUAAGACAAUGAUGCAUGCGGCUAAAGUAGCUUCUAGUAAAUAUUAUGCUAAUCCUCUUCCUGGUGCUAAUCCUGAUACACGCAAACGACAAGUACACUAUAUUACAGCACCAGUUUAUCAUCCCACCAAUCCGUUUAAAAGACAAUAUGUAAGAAAAUUGAAUAAAAUGUAUAAUUAAUCGGUAAUCAAUUAAGAAUUUCAUUUAAUAU